GACUAUGUCCUAUCGGAGCUACGUAUGCAUGGCCUAUUCGCUAUAACUAAGCUUUUUUCUGCUCGUUUGGACACACCUCCUUCAUACACACAACUGUAUCCUCACCAGGUCAAGGUCGUGAGCUCUCCUAAUAAACAAUGGCAGCUCGAAGGGCGGUAGCGCGAUCAAUUCCCUCCCUAGCUCCCCGCAUCUCGAGAGUCUCCCGAAGCGCCUUCAACUUUUCUUCCACAAUGGCUCCUUCAUCUCCACGCACGACUGCCGUCCGCAGGCUCCAUGCUACAGCUCAACAGCUCAAGCCAGCGGCUGCUGCUGCCCAGGUGGAUUAUCCCAUGAGCCAUGAGCGAAUCCAAAACCCGGCAGAUACUCAGAUGUUCUUGGACAACAAGUUCUAUGACUCCAAAGCCACGGAAUGGAUCGAAUUGCACGAUCCAGCUACGAACAACCUCGUCACACGAGUUCCACAAUCGACAGACGAGGAACUCAAGGCUGCGGUUGACAGCGCUGAGAAGGCGUUCCACGAGUGGAAGAAGACUUCUGUCAUGUCGAGACAGCAGAUCAUGUUCAGGUACACUGCUUUGGUCAGAGAGAACUGGGACAGGCUCGCUGCUAGCAUCACCCUCGAGCAGGGCAAGACAUUUGCUGACGCAAAGGGCGAUGUUCUGCGCGGCUUACAGGUUGCGGAACACGCUUGCGGCAUUCCUGCUCAGCUCACAGGCGAGAUUUUGGAGGUGGCAAAGGACAUGGAAACAAAACAAUAUAGGGAACCGCUAGGUGUCACGGCUGCCAUCUGCCCCUUUAACUUUCCAGCUAUGAUCCCGCUUUGGUCAAUCCCAAUUGCCACAAUGACUGGCAACACCCUUAUAAUCAAGCCAUCAGAACGUGACCCAGGCGCCUGCAUGAUUCUAGCCGAACUCGCUGAAAAGGCUGGAUUUCCGCCAGGUGUCAUUAACAUUGUCCACGGUGCGGCGAAAACUGUCGAUUUUAUAAUUGAUGAACCCCGUAUCAAGGCCAUCUCUUUUGUCGGCAGCAAUAAGGCCGGCGAGUAUAUUUAUACUCGUGGUUCGGCAAAUGGCAAGCGUGUUCAAGCUAACUUGGGCGCGAAGAAUCAUGCUGCUGUGCUUCCAGAUUGCAAUAAGAAUCAUGCCCUUAACGCUAUUGCUGGUGCUGCUUUCGGCGCUGCAGGUCAACGAUGCAUGGCCCUCAGCACCCUUGUCAUGAUUGGCGAGACUAAAGACUGGGUCCCAGAGAUCGCUGAGAGAGCGAAGGCUCUCAACGUCAAUGGCGGAUUCGAGGAAGGCGCCGACCUUGGCCCGGUUAUCAGCCCGGAGGCCAAGAAGAGGAUCGAAGAUAUCAUUCAGAGUGCAGAAGACGAGGGUGCAACCAUCCUCCUCGAUGGUCGUGGGUUCAAGCCCGAGAAGUACCCCAAUGGCAACUUUGUUGGCCCAACGAUCAUUGCAAACGUCAAACCCCACAUGAGAUGCUACAAGGAAGAGAUCUUUGGCCCCGUCUUGGUCUGCCUUAACGUUCCAACUCUCGACGACGCGAUUGAAUUGAUCAAUGCCAACGAGUACGGCAAUGGAACGGCCAUCUUCACUCGCUCUGGCCCAUCGGCAUCCAAAUUCACCAAAGAAAUCGAAGCCGGACAAGUCGGCGUCAAUGUCCCAAUCCCAGUCCCGCUUCCUAUGUUCUCCUUUACGGGUAACAAGAAGUCUAUUGCUGGUGGCGGAGCUAAUACAUUCUAUGGCAAGCCAGGCAUUAACUUCUACACCCAGACCAAGACCGUAACAAGUUUGUGGAGGAGUGAAGAUGCAACCUCAAACAAGGCCAAGACGAUCAUGCCAACUCAGUCUUAAAUUGCUGAAUGCUUCGGAAACCCCCCUUAGGAGGUCAAAAAUUGAUAAAUUUUAUUGUAUAUAAAUUAGUCUGUAAUUCUGCUAGCCACUGGCGUUGGUGGUAUCUGAAAAUAGACACUUGUCGAUACAUCUGAACCAAGCAGUAAUGCACGACCUUUCGCCACAUGAUAAGA